UCUGUUCCGUCCUUCCUUCAUGCUUGGAUGCUAUCUGGACCGGCGGAGGGUUAAGUGACCUCUCCCGCGUCUCUAUUCUAUCUUUCAAGUUUUUUGUUUGCUUUUUAUUUGGGCUGCCCGGGUCUCCAUCUGAUAAUCCGCUCCUUCUUUCCCACCCCCUUUUGCAAAUUUGUAAUAAGAUAGUGAUUUGAUUUCCCCCGUGAAUUUGCCUGCGAGUCCAAUUCUAUGCAUUUGCACCAUGCCAGACCGUCGCUGGGCCAAGCUAAAGGCAAAGCUGUUAUUGCGGCGGCGAUCGUCGACUUCAUCCGCUCCGGCCGCCACCACCACCACCUCCUCCACCACCACUGGUCUGGCCGAUGACAAGAAUCCUAAUCUUAAUCACCAUGACAAUCAUCUUCCCCCGCAGCAAUUGGACCAGCGCCCCGGCGACUGUGCCCCUACCCGACCAAUCAGUAACACGCGCCGCGCGCAGUCGUUGCAGGCAGUGCCUCGAGUCUCGGCCGACGAGCCCUGCGAUCCUCUGUCGUGUCCAGCUCCCGCCGCCGAUUGUUCCCGGCCCUCCGUGAUUGGCUCGAGUCGAGGGCGGUCUUACGGCCGUUUGGACGAGGAGACAGAAGUCGUCGACGACGCCGCCACGCCCAAACCUCCUCACGAAGAACCGGUCGCUGAACAACGAGAGGGAAAACAGCACUCGGCUGUUCAACCAGGUGCUGGUGCUGGCCCCAGUGCAACCCGCCCGCGACAGCAAUUGGACGCGACUUUCGACCGUGUCCGCCCCACGCCCAACAGGCGUCACAGUCACAGUCCCUUCUCUGAGCACGUCCGUUCCCCACCCCCGACAGCAGCUCUAUCGCCUGAUCUACUCCCUUCUCCAUCUCCAACCCCUCCUCCAGUCUCUGAUCGCGCUGCCCCCGCAUCGUUCCAGCUCGGCUACAACCAAGGAUUCGAACGCCCGGGGCCUACCGUCGGGGAGCCCCAGUUGCCGACGUUGGAUGUUGUUGCGGAGAAUCCUUCCGGUGAACCAAGUUUCCAGCCCUCCAACAAUACUCCUACUACUUCUUUUCCAAAACGUCCCAGCCUUGGUUCCCGCCGUCAGUCGCUGCUGGCCCCGUCUCAUCAGUAUCUGAUCAAUAGCUUGUUGGAUCCCGGGCCUACUGCCGAACACGACACUUCUGCCAACGGUCGCUUCGCCACCUACAGCGCAGGAAUGGCACGCAAGAUCUGGGUUAAGCGGCCAAACGGGUCGGCCACGUUGGUCCCGAUUUCAGCUGAUUCCUUGGUGGAUGAGCUACGGGAUCAGGUUAUCAUGAAAUAUUCGAACUCCCUAGGCAGGACUUUUGACGCCCCCGACAUUGUCAUCCGCAUCACUCCGCGAGACGGUUCGAAUAGACAGGCAACCCCCGACCGGAUGUUGAGCCCAGAGGAGCCGUUAGCUACCGUUGUGGAUUCAUAUUAUCCUGGGGGUCAAGCGAUUGAAGAGGCCUUGAUCAUUGACAUCCCUCAGCGCCGCACGCCUAAGCCCUCUCCGCGCCAUUCGGUGUAUUAUAACCAUCAUUCCGAACCGGGCGAGCAUGGCGAAUACUUUCCCCUUAUGCCGGCAAAUCCCAAUGUCCCAACGCCGCCGACUCAUCCGUCGAACUCGACCGCUAGUGUAAACGCACACCCUGCUCCGUCAAUAUCCAUACUGACAACAGGAAUGGCGCCUCCGCUACCCUCUCCAGGUAGUCGUGGGAGUCGACAUCCUCGUCGGCCGCCUCUGACUCGUCAUACUACUAACUCGCCCACCAUCCUUAACCAGGCACCAGUACCAAAAGAUGCUGGUGUUGCUUCCAGUUCCAUACCUCCUCAGCCUGCCCCAUCCAUACCGACUCCGCCAGGCCCACCGCCGGAAUCCCCUCAGACUAAGUCUCUCACCCCUCCAGCACGUGGUGCGUCACCACGCCCACGCCCUUCAACAUCUUCUGCGAAGCCGAAAAAGACCAGCGCACCACUAUCUUUGAGUGGGGCCUUUGGAGGCCUUAUUGAGGGCACCGUGCCGCCAAUUAACGUCUUAAUCGUUGAGGAUAAUAAUAUCAACCAGCGGCUCUUGGAGGCUUUCAUGAAACGCCUUAGCGUUCGGUGGAAGUGUGCUGCCAAUGGCGAAGAGGCUGUGAAUAAAUGGCGCCAAGGUGGUUUCCAUCUCGUCCUGAUGGAUAUCCAGUUGCCUGUCAUGAAUGGUUUGGAUGCAACAAAAGAGAUUCGAAGGCUGGAGCGCUUGAACGGAGUUGGUGUGUUUCCCAAGACCGCUGACGGGCGGUCGAGUGCUGCAACCGCCAACUUGGCAUCACCACCAGCAAUUGCGGGCAAUAGUGACCCCCUGAAGGAGGAAGACACAUUACAUGAUUUGUCUCUGUUUAAGAGUCCUGUCAUUAUUGUGGCUUUGACGGCCAGCAGUCUGCAAAGUGACCGUCACGAGGCACUGGCGGCUGGUUGCAACGAUUUCCUGACCAAGCCUGUCCGAUUUGAAUGGCUAGAGCAGAAAGUGACGGAGUGGGGUUGCAUGCAAGCUUUGAUCGACUUUGAAGGCUGGCGCAAAUGGCGCGGAUAUGCCGACGAUACUCUGCCAUCGCCUACUUCUGAAGGUCAUACAAGUCCCAUGCAAACGGGCGGAGACGGAGCUUUGCGAAAAUUCUCGCCCGUCGUCCCGCCAUCUCCGUCUUCUACUCUAAGUCAAGGAGCCAACAAAAGGGAACGUAAGGCCCUCAACUUCCCUAAACCCAUCGAUAUUACUCCCGAAGACUCCUCGGGCAGUGGGAGUGGAGAGGGAUUGGAUUCGCCGGGCAGUCCCUUGACAUCGGUCCCUGUGGCCGACGGCCCCGCGGAUUCCGAUGUACUAUAAUGGAGAGAGUUUGUUCAUCCCAGUGUGGAUCGUAUGAAUUGACUCCAUGCUGGUGUGGUAUGUGUUGUGUGCAUGUUUUCCUUUUUUUCUAAAACAUUUCCCGCUAUUUUGCGUCUUCCUAUGGAUACCCAGCAUAGCCAUCGUC